AUGGUCUCCAAACGAGAUCGCGAGAUCCUUCGCGAGGAUCUACGUUCCCGCGGCACAAAACUGAGCGUAGCAGAACGCGAGUCCCUCCUUAAGACCUACCUCCCCGAUCCCGCCGAGCUAGGCCAGAAACCAGCAGCACCGGCUGCCAGCGAGCGCAAAGCACCGCGCAAAACACCCAUCCGGACAUUUCUCAAGUCGCAGGCUCACUACCUCACCUACGCUAUCACACAUAUCAUCUUUGGUAUUGUUGUACGUCUAUUGCAGGCAUACCACGCCGUCAUUGAUCGCAUUUUCGCAAUUGUCUAUCACCACCACCGCACCCCCGAGCUGAUUCGGAAAGAUGUGAAGACUCUCAAGCGCUUGCCGCAGCAUCUGAGUACAAUCCUUACGCUACAGAAAGAAGAUGACGCUCUUGCAGUGUUGAUGGAUGAGGUUGCUGAAUUGGCGGCCUGGAGCUCGUGCUCGGGAAUUCCCCAGCUCAGUAUAUACGAGAAGUCUGGUGUCCUGAAAUCUUGCAUCCCCGCCCUCCACCAGAUAAUCACCACCAAACUCGCCUCCUACUACGGCACCCCCAGUCACCAACCAAAUCUCCAACUCUACGCCCCUCACCACCCAGUCCACCGCAGUGCACCCAUCACACCAAAUCCAACCCUAACAAUCCUCCUCCUCUCUUCAACGGACGGCCGCGAAACACUUGUCGACCUAACCAAGACCCUUGCGGAGAUGAGCCAAAAUGGCAAGCUUUCGCCGGAAGAUAUCACGCCGGAGCUAGUUGAUGCGGAGAUCAGCGAAAUUACUACGCGGCCACUGGUUAUGGAUCCCACAUUGCCGGAUACGGUACUCAAACCUGAACCAGAUCUGUUACUUGUUUUUGGUCCGUACCUUAAGCUGGAUGGGUAUCCGCCGUGGCAGUUGAGGUUGACGGAGAUGUAUUGUACUGGUGGGCGCAGUCAUGGAAUUAGUGGGGAUGGGGAGGCAGUUGAGUAUCAGGGAUACAUGCGUGGUCUUUGGCAUUUUGCUGGGGCUCAAAUGAGGUUUGGUAGGUAG